GAGCAGCCUCCGGCCCGGCCCGGGCUGGUGCUCCUGUCCUCACCCAACGCGCGUCUCAAGCGGGACGACUCGAAACUUGGUUCCGGCGCCUCCCUUUGGGGCCGCUCCGGCUGCCGUGUGGGCGGCCUCGGCGUGGUUUUCUAUGAGAUGGUCUUCUUUAAUAAUGCUGGAAUUAAGAUGUCUCCAAUCCUUUCCUCCAAACCAGAAGACUUUGUUCUCUGCAUAUAGAAUAGGAGUAAUGUUGGUCAGAAACUGGCUGAUACUUAAAACUGAAGAUUAUAGUAACUUUAACUUAAGCUCUAUGCUGCAGUAAGAUUUUCUUGUAAAUAUUAAGUUGGGGUAACCCAAAUCUGUUUCUGGAACCAUGAAAAUUUUGCUGGUUUUUGACUUUGACAAUACAAUCAUAGAUGACAAUAGUGAUACCUGGAUUGUACAGUGUGCUCCGGAGAAAAAACUUCCUAUUGAACUACAAGAGUCUUAUAAAAAAGGAUUUUGGACAGAAUUUAUGGGCAGAGUCUUUAAAUAUUUGGGAGAUGAAGGUGUAAGAGAAGAUGAAAUGAAAAGAGCAGUGACAUCAAUGCCUUUCACUCCAGGGAUGGUGGAACUUCUAAGCUUUAUAAGAAAGAAUAAGGAUAAAUUUGACUGCAUUAUUAUUUCAGAUUCAAAUUCAGUCUUCAUAGACUGGGUUUUAGAAGCUACCAAUUUUCAUGAUGUAUUUGAUGAAGUAUUUACAAAUCCAGCAGCUUUUGAUAGCAGUGGUCAUCUCACUGUGGAAAGUUAUCAUACUCAUUCUUGCAAUAGGUGCCCGAGGAAUCUUUGCAAAAAUGUAGUUUUGAUAGAUUUUGUACAUAAACAGUUACAACAGGGAGUGAAUUAUACGAAAAUUGUAUAUAUAGGUGAUGGUGGAAAUGAUGUCUGCCCGGUGACCUUCUUAAAGAAGAAUGAUGUUGCCAUGCCACGGAAAGGAUACACAUUACAGAAAACUCUUACCAGAAUGUCUCAAAAUCUUGAGCCUAUGGAAUCUUCUGUUGUAAUUUGGUCUUCAGGUAUUGAAAUAAUUUCUCAUUUGCAAUUUCUAAUAAAGGAAUAAUAUGUCA